AUGGUGUCCAAGAUCAUAGUAUUGGCCUUUUUAGUAGCUUCUACCCAAGCUAUCCGUUACGAAAAUAAUGGCGCUACAUCUUCAAUCGUUUUCAACAACAACCACAAUUCCAUUCAACACAUUCCGUCCGCCUUUGCAGCUCCCUCCAACGGAUACUCUAACAGCUACUCCUCCCAUGCUGCUCCAGCCAUCCAAGCCGCUCCAAUCGCACAUUAUGUCUCACCAGCUGUUAAAGUAGCUAAACCUGUCGCUUUCAAAAGUGCAUCUCCUUCCUACACUGCAAAUUCUUACUCCAACUUAAACUUCGCAGGCAACGGUGCCCAAUUACAUUAUACCGCACCAUCUGCUAAAGUUGUAGCUCCAGUUUUCAUCAAAACCGCGCCAGCUGUUGCUCCAGUAUCCUACGAACAAGCUGCUCCAUCUUACAACCAAGGAAGUUACAAGGCUUACCACCAAGAAGAAGAAAACACCUACCCCAAAUAUGAAUUCGCUUACGGAGUUGAAGACCACCACACUGGUGACAUCCACUCCCACAAAGAAGUACGAGACGGAGAUGUCACUCAAGGUGAAUACUCUCUCCACGAAGCUGAUGGUACCAUAAGAACCGUUAAAUAUACCGUAGAUAAACACAGUGGCUUCAAUGCUGUUGUAGAAAGAACUGGACAACCACAUGCACAACCAGCAAAGACAAUUGCUGCUGCUUCAGCCCCAUACUACCAUUAUUAG